UUAUUUUUAUUUUCAGAACGGACACUCUUGAAAGAUCCUGAUACGAAGAAAGUCGGAGAAGAAGAGUGUGUGAUCUACUGUGUGUCAGGCUCACUGUACUUAAACUACUCCGCCAGUUUGGGUACAGAUCCAACUCUCAAUCUCGCAUUUCUCGUCUGACUGCGGGGAUCCUUAAACCCGAUUACUCAUCGGACCGGUUCGCUGCUACUCCGAUCAGAAAGUCGGCGGAAUAUGAAUUUCUUGAUGCUGCGGUCAAAUAAUCAGACUGCAGCCGAGCUGCAGUCUGGUAAAGAGAAUCGAGUAGGGGAAAAUGAUGUGUCGAAAGCUGCUACCACUUUACAGGGUUUAAUCGGUGAAGAUGUAUUUCCGCAAAGUAAGCCUUCAGAAACAUCCAAUGCAGAGAGUGACGUAUUUGGGGAUGAGAAUGGCAGGCCUGCAGUUUCAAAUGGAAAAACUCACUCUCAAGUUGAUAGCCAUAUAGAUGUCGCUGAAGAUGAGGGGCUGAUAAUUAUUCCAAAGAAAGAAGUUCCGGACAGUUGGACAGAGGCACCAGAUAUUCUUUCACUUCAUUCUCUGGACCGCAGCUUUGUUUUUCCUGGUGAACAAAUCCGAAUUCUUGCAUGCCUGUCUGCUUAUAAGCAGGAUAUAGAAAUAAUUACACCAUUUAAAGUUGCUGCUGUCAUGAAUAAAAAUGGGAUUGGAGAAAGCUUGAAGAAACAAAAUGGUAACAUUGGAGGAGAAACACAUGCCGCCUCUCCGACAGUAGGUGCAGGUUCUGAUGAUCAAGAUAAUCAACCUGGUGAAAUUGUGAUGAAAGAGAAAAUUGAUUCAAAUAAGGAUGUUUCAACUGGUGCAUCUCUCCUAAGGAUGGAAGAUCACGAAAGACAGACCAAACAAUUGUUGCAAAGAUUUAAAAAUUCUCAUUUCUUUGCUCGAAUUGCGGAAUCAAACGAACCACUUUGGUCUAAAAGAAGAUCGCAAGAAGAGUUUCAUAGAUCUUCUGAAGAACAAGUGACAGGAGAUUCUUCAGAAACUGAAAUGGCCAUGAAAAAGAAGAAUCCUAUGAGUGCUGCAAUUGACAAAGGGGAAUUUGAUGCCCGCACUUCUGGGGGACUGGCAAGAGGUGCUGUCAAGUGCUGCUCCCUUACAAAUGGAGACAUAGUGGUUCUUUUACAGGUAAAUGUUGGUGUUCAGUUUGUUAGGGAUCCCAUCCUUGAAAUUCUUCAAUUUGAGAAGUAUGAAGAAAGAAAUCCGAUCCUGGAGAAAGACAACAUCUCCACAUCUUUGAAUCAAGAUCCUUAUGGCGAAUUAUUGAAAUGGUUGCUUCCUUUGGAUAAUUAUAGUCCUCCUCCAGCUCGUCUUUUAACUCCUCCUACAUUGAGUUCCAGUUCAAGUAUUCGUAGCACCUCUACGAAACCCACAGUAUCUGGGUCGUCAAGUUCUCAGAUUUUCUCUUUUGGUCAUUUUAGAAGUUAUUCUAUGUCCUCACUUCCACCAAAUACACCACCACCCCCAGCCGUCACACCUCCCACUGCUGAACCUAUCUCUGACCCAGAAGAUCGAAAUCAAUUUUCAUUCAAGAAGUUUGUGGAGUGUGAAAAAGGUGUAAAUGAAGGACUGUUAUCUUUCCGUGCUGUGCCAUUGCAAGAAGAGAGGUUUUCUGUUAGGUGUGGUUUGGAAGGAAUUUUUACACCUGGAAGAAGGUGGAGGAGAAAAAUAGAAUUAAUUCAACCUGUAGAAAUUCGUUCCUAUUCUGUUAAUUGCAACACUGACGAUCUUCUUUGCGUCCAUGUAAAGAAUGUUUCCCCUGCACAUGUACCAGAAAUUGUGGUGUUUAUAGAUGCCUUAACAAUAGUUUUUGAAGAGGCAUCAAAAGGUGGACCGCCAUUAUUUUUACCGAUUGCUUGUAUUGAAUCUGGGAAUGACUACAGUUUACCAAAUUUAGCACUCAGGCCAGGUGAAGAACAUUCUUUCAUCCUCAAACCGGCAACUACAUUCUGGAAGCAGUCCAAGGCUCACCAUGACAGUAAUCAACGACCAUCACGCUUGCCAGCUGGCAAUUCUGCAUCCAGCUGGAAUCAGUCCUCCAAUAUCGAAAUGAAACACAGUGGAUCACCUGCCGAUCAAUAUGCAGUUCUUGUAUCAUGUCGAUGCAAUUAUACUGAAUCAAAGCUGUUCUUUAAGCAGCCAACAAGCUGGAGACCUCGUAUUUCACGGGAUCUUAUGAUCUCUGUGGCAUCUGAAAUGUCCAGACAAACUCAUAGAUCUGAUGGCACUGACCUUCCGGUUCAGGUUUUAACUCUUCAAGCAUCAAAUAUGACCUCCGAAAAUCUGACGUUAACAGUUCUUGCCCCAGCUUCAUUUACUUCUCCUCCUUCUGUAGUACCUUUAAGUAGUUCCCCAUCCUCACCUUCGAGUCCUUCAUCUUCUGCCGAGUUAGCUGAGGGAGUAAAUAGUGAUAGGCAAGGAGCUGUUUUGCAUGGACUGAGCCCAAUGGCCCUGGAUCAAGGAUUUAAAGUUGAAGAUGGGUCCACUAAUGACCGAACCAUGGCUGAUGUGGUUCCGAACAGUGAUCUGGGUUGCACCCAUUUAUGGUUACAGAGUAGAGUUCCACUAGGAUGUGUCCCUUCUCAAUCUACAGCAACUGUCAAGCUUGAAGUGCUUCCAUUGACUGAUGGCAUAAUCACUCUUGAUUCUCUGCAAAUAGAGGUUAAGGAGAAAGGUCUUAUUUAUAUACCCGAGCAAUCACUGAAGAUAACUGCAACUUCGAGCAUUUCCACUGGCAUUGUCUGAGGCGGUACUUUCAAGUACAAGUUGUUGAUUUCAUUGCGGUUCUGGGCAAGAUUUGUGAGUUGGCUCUUCCAUGUUUCUCUAUCCAAACGAGCUAUGCAAGUUGGUGAUGAUCCAAUAUCAAGAGUUUAACGCGCACCUGCUUAUUAAUUGAUUUGAAACUCAAUAGAUCCAGAAUCUGAGGUAAAAGACUAAGAGUACAGAGUGAAAACUAUCGUCCGUCCGUUUCAAUGGCAGACUGAUGUGAAAGACGAACUUUCAAAUCGGGUUUUAAUUUGUUGUUAAAAGUAGUUCUGUUCAAUCGCUGUGAACUGUGUAAGCAUACUAUGUAUAUGAUUCUUGCAAUACUUACCAUCAUGAAUUAUCCUACAUGAUAGACAAAACGAAUCUCGGUUAGUCUUCAGCUACAAUGUCCGAUUUCUUUUUUCCUUUUUGGCUUCAUUUCGCCAGAGGCACAGAAAAUACACUUUGUGGAAGUUGCUUCACCAGAUUUUGCUCAUGAAAUUGCUAUGUAUUCACA